UGAUGGCUGAAGCCCCGGGUGUGCCAGGCAGGAUUUAACCCUCCUAACGCCGUGCUGCACGCUGCUGGGGGCUGCGUUCAGCCCCUCGGUGGUGACCUAGGGCUUUCCUGGAGAUCUGCGCUGCUCCUGGGGGGGUCCGUCUCCUCCCGGCACGGACAGACGGACAGACGGACGGGCUCUGUCGCUCGCACGCUGAGCUAGCAGCAGAUUUCCAGGUGCAGGCGGGCAGCCUUCGCGCAUCGCCCUCCGCUGCAAGCCUCGCCUGUCAGGAGCAAUCACUCCAAUUAGGGGCUCUGAAAUGCCGUUAAUCUCACAGCUGGAGCCAGCUCCUUCCUGAGGCUCGGGCGCGCCGGAGCGGUGGCCGUGCUCCUGCCACAAAGGGGCUUUUGCUCACUUUGGUGAGAUCUCGACGGUGUGGCGAGAGGCAGAAGGUGGCUCGGGGCUUUCACAUUUCAGCUUUGCCAUGCUUUGAGCCAUCUCCCCCGAUAUAGGACUGAGCUUCGUGAACCUCUCCUCGAGACUCUCCUUUCAGUCUCCCUGCAGCUUUUUUCCAGCCUGGGGACCCUGAACCUGGCACCUGCUGACCAAAGAGCCCAGCCCCAAGCCCCAGCACCCCGUGUCAAUACACCUCGCAGUGCUCCAUGUCUCCCUCCUGGCUCAUCCUGUGAAACCAGCAUCCGUCCCCCCACGUCCCUCCUGCGUGGGGCUUGGUGCCAAGCCCAGCCGGUCGCGCUCACCCGCCUUUGGGUGGUUUGGUUUUAAUCCCAAUUAGCCAUUUCCCAGGCUGCUGGGCUUCCCGCAGGGCUCCUGGGGGCUCUCAGCGCCGUCUCUAAUUAUCCUCCAUUUGAUUGAAGAUCAGGCACCUCUGCUUCGCUUUCUAAUCCGUUUAUAGGUGUCCCUGCUUAGCCUGAGCGCUUGCUGGAGCCAGGGGCAUGCAGCGCGCGGCUCUGCCUGCCCGUGGCCAGGGGAUGGGAGAAUUACCGCGUCCUCCUCGCCGCUGCUUCGCCCCUGCGGGUCGGGGUAGAAGCUGUGUCCUGGGCUGUGCCUCUGUCUGCAGCUGGGGCUUGGGGAAUUUUGUUCUCACCAUCCCCAACCUUGCCCGGUGCCUGCUGGUGGCCCAGAAGCACCCACAGUGGCACUGCCGGGGCUGACGGAGGUAGCUCUGUGUGGAUGAUGGAGUGAAUUAUCCCAGUUUUUAUUCCCAAGGCAUCCGAAUCAGGCUUGUAGGUGCCCCCUAGCUCAGCUGAGCCCUACUGUGUCCUGCUGUCCUGUCUCGCCGCAGGGGUGCUGCUAUUUCUGGUGGUAAAUGCUCUUUUUUUGCAGCUUUUCCCCAAGGAAGGACAGUCACUGCGGUCUCUCGGGAUGCCCUGGCAGCCUUGCUGGUGUGUGGGGUGCAGGAUUUGGCCACCCCUCCCUGACAAGGGGACGACUCGGAGGGGGACAGGAGUUCUGUGCUGAGCCCUGACCAGCCCGGGACGGAGCCACCGCCGCGCUUUGAGCCCCGGCCCCGUGGGUGGCACCAGGGUGGUCGGGGCAGGGGCUGCGCGGCUCCCUCCUGCAGAUUUUCUCUCUCUUUUAAUCUCCUUGCCUUCCGGGAUGAAAGCCUGAUUGCAGCCGCAAUCUGCACAGCUUCGCCAUCCCGGGAGGCAGAGCGGGGUGAGGAGGGCUGAGCGCUGCUGACUCUGUCCCCAUCCUGGCACCCGUCUUCCCUGGCUGCCCCUGCUGCCUCGUCCCGCCCGCCCCACGCCGCAGGAAGCACCGCUCGCUGCCUCCUGCCCUGCGUUUGCAAUUUGCUGAGCGUCUCUAAUGCUGCUGGGCUUCCUACCCCACGUGCCUGUGGGUUUCCAAAGGGCUGCCGUGGGGAGAGCGUCUGCCUCCGCAGCCCUGCUUCCCCCUCUGGCCACGGGGCAGAGCGAGAGGUUUCCAACCUCUCCGGAUUUGGAGGCUUUGGAUGUGCUGGGUCCCUACCCCAGUGCUAGGGGAGAGUCUGCAGCAUCGCCUGCCAAAGCUCAGGCUGCAGGAAAACAUCCCUGGGAUCUUGACAUCUGCAAGAAGGCUUUUGCUGCUCGCCACGAGCCCGGUUGCCUGUCCCCAAACCCAAAGCAGCCGUCGGUGCACAGGUACCUCGUCUGGGUGCCUCUCGCUGCUCCCCUUCCCACUCGGCGGCUUUCCCAGCCCUACAUAAUCCCCGGGGAUGCUCACAAGCUGCUCUCUCCUGCAUGCAAGCGCUUGCAUAACCCGGCCACGCACACACGUGUGUGUGUGCCGCUGCGCCGAGCCGAGCCGUAAUCCCCAGGGGCUGGGAGAGCACGGCUCCGGGGAAGCCUCGGCUGGGCACCGCUAUCUCCUGGGGGUCUCUGCGAUCCGGGGGGCUUGGGGUGGGCCAAGAGCAAGCAUCAGAGGAUGCCUGGGCACGGCAGGGGCUGGCGAGGGAGGUGUCGGUGCGAUGUGUGCAUUCUGUGGGACGGGGAUGAGGCCAGGGCUGGAGCAGCCCCUGGGGAAGCGACGGGGCAGGAACGGGGCUGGGGUGCUGCAGCGGUGCCGGGGCGAGGGCGCUGGGCAGGAGCAGCCCUGAGGGGUGGCGAUGGGCAGGAGAGCGGCCGUUCAAGCCUGACUUCAGCUGCUGCAAUUGCUCUUUCCCUCCUUCCCCACCGCCACACAUAGGUCCCAUCCCUCUGUGGGGUCUCAGCAUCCCCGGUGACACCGGUGUCCCCAUCGCCCCGGGGUAAAAGCCGCUGCGAGCAACCCGGGGCACGGGGUGGGAAAGGAGGAGGAAAAUGUAGCUGGGACAGAGAGAUUCAAACACUCCGAGUUUCGCGGUGGGACGUCAGCUGGUGCAAGAGGCCUCCCUUUGAGCUGAGCAGAGCAUUUAAUUCAAACUCAAACAUCUUGCCUCACUUUGAAGGCUUUUUUAUUUGUUUAAGUGGGAAAUUAGAGUGGAAGGAUUUCACGCUGUGAAACCGCUCUCAGCUCCCAGUCAAAAUUUGUUUUGUUAAUGCUCAAGCAAAUCUUUCUCAGUUUCUUCUGCAACCCCUUUCCUUUUUAAGUUCUUCUCAACAGCCCUGUGAAGCGGGUGUAAAUUCAUGAAGCGUUUCCUCAUUUGCAUUUUUCACCCUACAAAGUCCCAGCUGCAACAUGUCACCAAGCCCUGGCACAAACCAGUGACUGGAACAGCAACUGGGAGCAGUGGGAGCGUGCUCCUGGGCUAACCCAGGUGCUCGUGUUUCCUUUCUUUUUUUUUUUUUAAAGAAAAAACGAACCCUCCUGCACCCUAGGAACUUCACAGCGGGUUUCCUUUCUGCUCCACCACAGUCACAAAUGCAGUCGCUGUGUUUCGGAGGGGUCCCUCAUGUCCCUCUGCCAUGCCAUCCCUCGGGGCACGGCUCGUCCUUGCUGGAUGUCACCUCCCGGGAGGGACCGGAGCAAGGAGAGGAGGCACCUGCCAGACUGGUAGCAACUGGGAUACUUCUCCCCCCGUGCCCCAUCUGUCUUGGCUGGGACGUGGGGCUUGGGGGUGGCUGGCUGAGUUUUCAGCCCGAUGGGACAUUUCCCAGGAGUUUGCCACGCUGACGCGGGAGCUCAGCGCGUGCCGAGAGCAGCUCCUGGAGAGGGAAGAGGAGAUCUCAGAGCUGAAAGCUGAGCGCAACAACACCCGGCUCUUGCUGGAGCACCUGGAGUGCCUGGUGUCGAGGCAUGAGCGGUCCCUGAGGAUGACCGUGGUCAAGCGUCAGGCCCAGUCGCCGUCUGGGGUUUCCAGCGAGGUCGAGGUGCUCAAGGCACUCAAGUCACUCUUUGAGCAUCACAAGGCGCUAGAUGAAAAGGUCAGGGAGCGCUUGCGAGCAUCCUUAGAGCGAGUGGCGACCUUAGAGGAGCAGCUCGUGGAUGCCCAUCGGCAGGUGGCAGCUCUGCAGCAAGGCGCCACACGGGAGGCCCCAGCAGGCGAGCGGGAUGAGAGGGAGCCCAAGGAGCCAGCGCAGAAGCUUCCCUGGAAGCGGCUCUCCAACGGCUCUGUUCACCCCGACGAUGAGGCAGGGCGGGUGGUGGAGCUGCAGGAGCUCCUGGAGAAGCAGAAUUUCGAGGUGGUCCAAGCCAAGGAGCGCAUCUCUGCACUGGCUGCCAGCGUCGCGGAGCUGGAGGAGGACCUGGGCACCGCCAGGAAGGAUCUGAUCAAAUCAGAAGAGAUGAGCAGCAAGUACCAGCGGGACCUCCGAGAGGCUCUGGCUCAGAAGGAGGACAUGGAAGAGAGGAUCACCACGCUGGAGAAACGCUACCUAGCAGCCCAGCGAGAAGCUACCUCCAUCCACGACCUCAAUGACAAGCUGGAAAGCGAAUUAGCCAACAAGGAGUCCCUGCAUCGCCAGUGUGAGGAGAAAGCCCGGCACCUGCAGGAGCUGCUGGAGCUGGCGGAGCAGAAGCUGCAGCAGACGAUGCGGAAAGCAGAGACGCUGCCCGAGGUGGAAGCGGAGCUGGCCCAGCGCAUCGCAGCGCUCACCAAGGCAGAAGAGAGGCAUGGGAGCAUCGAGGAGCACCUCCGGCAGCUGGAGAGCCAGCUGGAAGAGAAGAACCAGGAGCUGGCCAGGGCCCGCCAGCGGGAGAAGAUGAAUGAGGAGCACAACAAGCGGCUCUCGGACACCGUGGACCGGCUGCUGAGCGAGUCUAACGAGCGGCUGCAGCUGCACCUCAAGGAGAGGAUGGCAGCCUUGGAGGAGAAGAACACAUUGUUACAAGAGCUGGAAAAUACCCAAAAGCAGAUAGAGGAACACCAGCACGACAAGCGACGGCUGUCAGACGAGAUCGACAAACUGCGGCUGGAGGUCGAUCAGCUCAAGACCAGGAGUGGGACAUUCGUGGAGAGCGUGCACACGAGGUCCCACAUGGGCAGUGCCACGGACCUGCGCUUCCCGCUGAGCGCCGUGGUCCAUGCCCCCGCUGAGCCCUUUGGGACAGCCCCGGGCCUGCCUCGGGCACAGAAAGGGCGAUUCGCCGCCCGGCGAGAGGAGCCGGCCAAGGACUGGGAGCAGGCCCAGGCAGGUAGCGUCCUGGCCACGGGGCCUCACGCCUUUGACAGCGACCCUGAGAUCUCCGACGUGGAUGAGGAUGACCGCGAGACGCUCUUCAGCUCCAUGGACGUGCUCUCCCCUGGCGGGCACUCGGACGCUCAGACCUUGGCCAUGAUGCUCCAGGAGCAGCUGGACGCCAUCAAUGAGGAGAUCAGGAUGAUCCAAGAGGAGAAGGAGUCCACCGAGCUCCGUGCGGAGGAGCUGGAGACGCGCGUGACAAGCGGCAGCAUGGAGGGCCUCAACCUCACCCAGCUGUGCAAGAGGGCCUCCAUCCCCACCUCGCUGACGGCCCUGUCCCUGGCCAGCUCGUCCCCGCCGCUCAGUGGCCGCUCCACCCCCAAGCUGACCUCCCGCAGCGCCGCUCAGGACCUCGACCGCAUGGGGAUCAUGACGCUGCCCAGUGACUUGAGGAAGCACCGGAGGAAACUGCUAUCACCCGCAGCUCGGGAUGAAAGCCGAGAGGAUAAAACCACCAUCAAAUGCGAGACUUCCCCCCCGUCCUCACCCAGGACGUUGCGGCUGGAGAAGCUGGGUCACCCCGCGCUGAGUCAGGAGGACGGGAAGAGCUCCCUGGAAGAGCAGGCCAGCAACCUCAGCAGCAACAGCAGCCAGGACUCCUUGCACAAGGGCUCCAAGAGGAAGGGGAUCAAAUCUUCCAUCGGGCGCUUGUUUGGGAAAAAAGAGAAGGGCCGCUUGAUUCAGCUGAGCAGAGAAGGGGCCACAGGGCAGGUGCUGCUGACCGACACAGAGGUGGGCAUCCAGGACCCUCUGGGACUCGGCAAGCUGGGUGCUCAGGCUGAGAAGGAUCGUCGCCUGCGGAAAAAGCAUGAACUUCUGGAAGAGGCCCGGAGGAAAGGAUUGCCUUUUGCCCACUGGGAUGGCCCCACCGUUGUCUCCUGGCUGGAGCUCUGGGUGGGAAUGCCUGCCUGGUAUGUCGCUGCUUGCCGAGCCAAUGUGAAGAGUGGAGCCAUCAUGUCAGCCUUGUCCGACACUGAGAUCCAGAGGGAGAUCGGCAUCAGCAACGCGCUGCAUCGCCUGAAGCUGCGCCUGGCCAUCCAGGAGAUGGUUUCGCUCACGAGCCCCUCGGCACCACCCACCUCACGGACAUCCUCUGGAAACGUCUGGGUCACCCACGAGGAGAUGGAGAACAUGGCGACGUCCACCAAGACGGACACAGAGGAAGGCAGCUGGGCACAGACACUGGCCUAUGGGGACAUGAACCAUGAGUGGAUUGGGAAUGAGUGGCUGCCCAGCCUGGGCCUCCCGCAGUAUCGCAGCUACUUCAUGGAGUGUCUCGUCGAUGCACGGAUGCUGGACCACCUCACCAAGAAAGAUCUCAGAGUGCACCUGAAGAUGGUGGACAGCUUCCACCGCACCAGCCUGCAGUACGGCAUCAUGUGCCUGAAGAGGCUCAACUAUGACCGCAAAGAGCUCGAGAGGAGGCGAGAAGAGACCCAGCAUGAAAUCAAAGACGUGCUGGUGUGGACCAACGACCAGGUCAUCCACUGGAUCCAGUCCAUCGGGCUUCGCGAGUACGCGAACAACCUCGUUGAGAGCGGGGUGCACGGGGCGCUCCUGGCCCUCGACGAAAACUUCGACCACAACAGCCUGGCGCUCGUCUUGCAAAUCCCCACACAGAACACACAGGCUCGACAAGUGCUGGAGAGGGAGUUCAACAAUCUGCUUGCAUUGGGCACAGAUCGAAGGCUGGAUGAUGGUGAUGACAAAACCUUCCGGCGAACCCCGUCCUGGCGAAAGCGCUUCCGCCCACGAGAUGUUCACAGCAUCAACAUGCUCAGUGGCUCGGCCGAGACGUUGCCCGCCGGCUUCCGUGUCACCAGCCUGGUGCCCCUGCCACCCCCAUCCGCCCCUGCCAAGAAAAUGCCCCCAGAAGUUGGUGCCUCUGGGUCGCCACGGCUGGAGACCUCCACGGUCCGGACGUACUCCUGCUGAGGGUCAGCGUGACGGGAACCAGCCCGGCCCUGGCACAUCCCCACUAUCCGUUCAGCCACGUGCUGGCUGCCUUUCAGGACAAGGCCAGAGCCCAGCCUGUGCCUGUUCCUCGGCCCAGACCAACAGAUGCCGCAGUGCUCCUGCCACGGCCUGAAAAGGAUGCUCUCCCUUCUGCUUGUGCACCCCACUGCUUCCCCCGGCUCCCCGUGCCUCCCACCCAUGGCUUUUCUGCCCACCCCACGCUGCACCAGCCAGGCUAGAGGUGCACUCACCGGGUGCCAGCUCCGUCGCUGGUGGAAGUGUGGUGCAACCCAUCAGAGAUGCGGAGACGCCCCGAAAGCGGGCUGCGACAUUUGGAAACGUUUCUCCUGCCUGGUUCACAUUGCCAAUAUGCCACAGGCUGCUGCACCGGCACACCAGAGCUCCUCCAGGCAUCAAGGACACCGCUGCCCGCAGGACUCGAAGCCAGGGAGGAUUCAGGCUCGUCUUCGUGUGAAAAUCCUGACACUGGGGUGAAUGGGCAAGGAGCUGCCCCCAGGACAGGACACGGGGGCUGAGGCCAGUGCCAGGGUGGGCGCUGCGCAGGAUGGGGCAGGGACCGGCUGCCGUGGGGGCGAGGAGCGGGCAGUCGGGGCAUUUUGGGGUGCUCACACGGCAGCUCUGCCUAGGGCUGCGUGGGGAAGGGCUGGACCGCCCCAUCCGGCUCGCUGCCAGGACCGUCCUUGGGGACCGGGGAGACGCGACGGGGGCACCCGGCACCCCAGGACGUGCCCAUCCCUUCCCUUCUAGGUGCAGAGGAGAUGCUCUCCCCUCCUGCCCCCAGGCUACGGGCAGGGAUCGAUCCAGGAGGCUCUCAGCUCUUCCCAUUUCUCCCCCGUAGGGUAGGAUCUCUUCGUCUCCUCAUGCCACGUUUGCCUUGUGUGGCCCCUAUUUCUGAUGUGAUAUUUAUUGAUGGCUGGAAUGACCUAUACUUAUCAUGUGCUGUCUGGAAGUGCAAUAUCUGAGAGGCUAUACAGUCACGAUGUCUUUUCGGUGUAUUAUUUGCCUAAUACAGUAUUAAAUAUUUUUUUAAUUUGAAGAGUCGGUGAGCCCUUUAUAUCGAUGCCCUCUUUCUUUCGUCAUAUUAUUGGUACUGCAUGGACUCCAAACCCUGAAGUGGGUCAGGAAAGGAUGUAUGUGUGUUCCAAUAAACAGGAUUUUAAA